UUGCGCUGUCGUCUGCUUUCUGAGGACCCGGCCCCGGCGAGGAAAGUCCUAGAUCCCAGUAUUGAUAAUCCAGAUCGAUACGAUCUCUUCGAUCCGCGAAAUCCACUUAACGUGCGAAAGCGAGAGGGUGCUGUUAUGAAUGACUCCAGCAAGAAAAAGCGAGGAAACUAG